UCACUUCCCUAUGGUUGAAGAAAAUCAGAUGGUGGCUUAAUGUGUCGGUGGUAGCACAGAUACGGUUCUGUGGUUGGUAGACUAGACCAUAGCUAGUGUGAACGGUACGCGUGGAUUUCACAGAAGUUGUGCGCUGCUAAGCCUUGUCUUAUGUAACUAGCAGAGAAGUUACUGGGAACGUGUUUGAAUUAUCGCCCGAAGAAGUUAAAACUGCAAGGAUGCCUGCUAGAAUGGAUGACGUCAUGCGACUAUGUUGCGAGCUGUCUGCUAACCAGCAAAUGAAGGCAGCUGUGAAGAAUUCUGGGAAGGGUGCAAUGCUGGCUGGGGCAGUAGCAUUCGCGGGGGGGCUGAUGGGAGGUCCUCCAGGAAUUGCAGUAGGCGGUGCGGUUGGGGGGCUGCUGGGAUGCUGGAUGACCAGUGGGCAGUUCCGACCCGUCCCUGAGAUCCUCAUGGAGCUGCCUCCCCAGCAGAAGCAGAAGCUGUACAACGACGUCUCGGCGGCGCUGGGCUCGCUCGACUGGACCGACUGGGCCCAGCUGAUUGCCCUGGUGAUGGGGAAUGCCACCCUCCAGCAGCAAGUGACUGCGGCUCUCCUCAGCUACGUCACCCGGGAGCUGAGAGCAGAGGUGCAGUACGGAGACUGAUACCACUCCCUCCAACCUCAACUCCAUAGUUUUACAAACAUUUCUGAAAGAGAGAACACAUCCACGUGCAACACAGGCAAGCACGGCUUUUCCUCUGAUUGGAAGAGCACUCCUCCCAGUAUGAAGAAGAGCAGAAAAAACAAUCCAAACCCAAAUACAUAUCGGACUGAGGAAAGCCUUAUUCGUUUUCAUUGAGCCUUGAUUUUAAGAGGAUGCAUUAUGUUUGGCCUCUAGUCAAAGUGCCUCUGGUUUACUGUGGUAAAAUGUUUGCUUGUCACAAGCGAGUUGCAAGUACAUUGGAAGCAUUACUUUUAUGAAUGUGUUUUAGUACUGUGAAAUUGGAGAGGGGUUAAAUCAACAAAUUAGCAGGUUUAUGUGGAUUCAUAACAGAAAUAUUUAUUUUAUGUGAUUCAAAUGAAGAUCUCUUGAGUGAGUGUUCUCCACAAGAAAAAUAUAUUUGUAGAAUUGUUUUAUUUUUGAAUUGGAAAAGGUGACUGGUGACGGGUAAUGUUAAUAUUACAACUAGACAUAUGCAACAUAAAUGCCUACUUUUGUACGUUAACCAUACAAUGGUUGAAUAAAUGUACACAGAGUAUAAUCAUCUGUGCAUUGAUCAAUAAUUAGAGACCUAUGGGCACAGUGGAAGCACCACUUGGACACCUAGAUAUUGAUAAGUCAAUGCUUGGCUUGAAAGUUUUAGAUUUGCCCAACAAUUCCAAUGGAUCAUUGAAUGGAUUGAACAUUCAGUGCAUUAGUUUUCCUAUUCACAACCUAGCCAAAUAUUGUCAAGACACUAGCCUUUUACAUUCACUUUAAUCUGUUGUUGGCCUUCAGUCUACAUUUUAUUGUUAUUAUUAUUAUUAUUAUUAUUAUGUAACAUAAUAAUAUCAACAAUAAGCAAAUUAAUUUAUGGCUGCCAGAUGAUUCUCAGUUUGUUUAUUUGGUUUCUGCAUCAAUAUAUCUAAUUAUGGACUUGAGCGGAACCAAAAUAGAGCCAUGAUGUUCUAUCCUGGUCCUGGGAAUUGUCCAUCCUGCACUUUGUUGUCUGUCCUUCACGUAAGGCACAUCAGCAUUUUAUGCAUACCUAGUUACAGAACACAUAUUCAAGGUAAUAUUCUGUAAGUGUGUGAUUGCAGUGUGUUUCCAUUAGUAAAAUAAUUAAUUUCUAUUGUUACUUUAGGGUUGCAUGAUAUAGUGAUUCUGGGGCCAACAUUAAUUCAUUGAAUAUUUGAUUUUUUGAUAUUGAUUGAUGUUUGCUGAUGGUAAUACUCUGUUUUACAUUGUAGCACAUAGGCAAACAGAAGCCAAGUUUCCGUGUUCUUGGGAGAAGUAGAUGAGCUCAGGUGUCAAUUUUUGAAGACAACAUAAUGCAUUGUAGUUGUAUAGCAAAUAAUUUCAACUUGUUUACUUUGAGAGGCGAGAGCAUAGGUCUAAACAGCCGCUGAGUUUGUUUGUGACUUUCUGAGUUCGGCUUUUAAAAUGACAAAAAUAAUAAAAGGGGUUCAGAUGUCAAUGGCUAUUUUCUGGGCAUGAUAUUUUCACUCAGAUUGGCACAUCGAGUGUGUCACCUUUGGUGCAUGUAUAUUAUAUCAUGGGUGUAAUUUCAGCUUCUCAGUAUCAACAGGUAGAAGGUUAAACUUACUGGGGUCGGCCAAUACCAGUAUGCCCCAGAUAUAAUUGUAUGACCCUGAAUGAUGCAUUACUUUUAGUUUUUGAUCAUUUUUGCGAAUCAGUGCACUUGAUGAAGAAUAAUCUGAGGCCUCAGUUACACUUUAGUAGACCACUGAAUCUUGCUUAUGUACGAAAUUCUGCCACCAUUUUUUUGGAGACAAAAAAAUGAGGAAAAUAAAUCUUUAAAAAAUCUUGAA